AUGGAAGAAUGGCAAAGUUUCAUCAAGAAACGUUUGGGUCCAAAAUACCAUGAGAAAAGUGAGAAAUUCAAGAAGAUGAGGGUAAAGCAAACAAUGUUACACACAAUGAUUCGUAAAGGUUAUGCUCACCUCAAAGAUGAGAUGAGAAAAGCAAGUACAUCGCUUGAUAGCAUAACAAGGAGAGAUGUAUGGAUUUGUGGGCAUACAAGGAAAUCUGGGGGAUUUUUAAAUGAAGAAGUUGCAAAUGCAGUGCACUUGGCCCUAAGCGUCGAGGCUAGUUCCCUUGUGUUAGCGCAAAUGCUCAAGGUUUUGGAGGCCUGGAAGCCAAUUCUGCCAACCAAGCUAGUUCUCACAACAUUCAAGCGAAUUCUACAAAUUGUAAAGCUAAAUAUGUCAACCUUCGAUCCAAAUCUAAACUUGCCAACCCAUAAAGCUAUUAAGAAUGUUGCUCUUGAAGCCUCUUCGGCCAACCAUAAAGCUAAAUCUGCCAACCUUCUAUCCAAAUCGGUUAACCUUGAGGCUAUUUUACUCACCAUUAUGGUAAUUCCCAAUCUUCAAGGGAAAAAAGUGCAAACUACUACAUUGGACAGGAAGUGGAGAAGUUGUUGCACUUGCUAA